AUGGUGAACGUGGGAUUCCGGAUUUUAAAACAGCACAACCCUUAUCCAUCAAGAUUACAGGCAGAGAUUGUAGAAGUUAUAUCAAAGAAUAAGUUGAAGAAUUUUUGCAAGCUAAGUCAGUUUUCGAGAAGUCUUGUGGUUCCGGACCUUCGACAAAAAUUGUGUGGUGAACUUUUAAUUGAUGCUGGUGGUAGUUCAGGCGGUCAACAUGAGAAAGGUCACAAAGAUGAGAUUGGUCUCACCGUGGAUUUUGAUGUGAAUUUCGAUGGGGAUAAGGCAUUCGAAUUCUUUAUGGAUGAGGAGAAAAAAGGGGCCGAGAGCAAUUUAUCCGAGAUCGAAAAAUAUCUUCAAGCUACACGUGAAGAAGGUCGUACUCUUGACAUUUUGAUGUGGUGGAAUAUUGCUGGCCAAAAGUUUAAAAUCCUCUCUUUGAUGGCUCGGGAUAUCUUGGCUAUUCCCGUAACAACCGUUGCCUCGGAGUCUACUUUCAGCACAUCUGGUCGUGUGCUUGAUGGCUAUCGAAGUUCUUUGACUCUUAGAGUGGUGGAAGCUUUGAUUUGCGCUCAAGACUGGUUGAGAGUGGUUAACAAGCCGGUCAAUAUGGAGGAGUGCAUCGAGAACGCAGAAAAGUUCGAGUCGGCUAUGGAUGAUGCUUGUUCGGAGCUUACCGGUAAAUAGAGUUUACAAGUUGGUGGAAGGAAUAUAUGGUGAGAUUUUCAUUCACUAAUUUUCGCCUCGGUUUUUGCAUCUUAUUGGCUAAAGCCCGUGCUUAAAAAUCA